UUUUGACAUAGAGUGAAAAUUAAUAAUUUAAAUAGUUACUAGCAUUUCAGUCAUAUAUAUGUUACAUAGAGUGAAAAUGAAGGUUGAGCAAUCUGUAAAUGGCAACACUAUGUAUAUAACAUAUAAGUCAGUCACAUGCUUGCUUAACUGCAAAAGAAAUUAUUAAGCCAACUGAUCAUAAAGCUCUGCUGAUGCAUUCUCACAAAAGUAUAUCCUUCUUCACUUAUACCCAUUUUCCUGAUCUAACCAAGUGAUGAGCCCAACUUCCUUGAAAUCUACUAGCUUUCCCUUUCAACAUGCAGACCUUACUUCUUCACGAGCUACUUGUUGGAAUUCCAGUCAUAUAUGACCAGUUUCAAAAGUCGGCUAACAGAUACUUGCUUGAUUCUGCCUCUCAUCAAUUUCAAUAUCCAUCUAAACAUCAAAGCAAAUGUAGAGCAAAUUCUAACCAGAAAAAACGCAGCAGGAAAGUCAAUAGUAAUUCUGAAAUUUCAGUGAGACCAGGGACAAACAUAUCUGAAACUAUUAAAAGGAAGUUGAGCUUAGGGGCUCGCAUUCUUCAAGUUGGUGGAGUGGAGAAAAUGUUCAUGCAAUAUUUUAGCGUGACAGAAGGGGAGAGGCUGUUGAAAGUUUCCCAGUGUUAUUUGUCCACCACGUCUGGCCCUCUAGCUGGUCUCCUCUUCAUCUCAACUGAAAAGGUUGCCUUUUGCAGCGAGAGAUCCAUAAAAGAGUGCAAUCAAAAAGGUCAAACGUGUAGGAUCCGCUAUAAGGUUGUCAUUCCAGCGAAGAACAUAAAGUGUGUGAAUCAAAGUCAAAAUGUUGAUAAACCAACACAGAAGUACAUAACUAUAGUUACAACGGAUAAUUUUGAUUUCUGGUUUAUGGGUGUCUUCAAAUAUCAGAAAACUAUAAAAUAUCUCGAGCAAGCAAUUUCACAAAAUAUAACUAGACGAUGCUCGAAGAAAGCUUCGUGUUGCGAUUACAAACAUUAAGAUUUAAGAUAUAAAACUUUGAAAAAAUGAUAACCAACAAGACAAGCUAUGGAAAAGAGAUAUUAGGCUGCGUUUGAAAACGGGGGACUUUGGGGAUUGUAUUGAUCAUUCAGAAGCAGAAAACAUAUUGCAGAAUUCGGGCUUUCGGAUUUUCCCCAUGAUUGACUAGUGAACCCAUAUGCACAUGGUUCAUUCAUAUCGGCUCAGAUGCAGACAUGGUUGUCAACAUAGUGUUGGUAAAAUUAUGGAUGCAAGAGAUCGAUGGAUGGCAGCAAACAAGAUCGAAGGACAGUAGAUAGAAAGAUUAAGACAAUCUAUUAGAAGUUAAAUUUCAAGCACAAUUACUUAACAUGCUAAUUACGUGCAUGUUUUCAGGAACUUUCAAAAUGUAU